AUGAUUAGAAAUAGUGGUAGAAUCUUAUUUAAUUCAUUAAAAAAUUCAAAUGUUAAAUUAAUAAAUAGAAAUGUUAUAAUUAAUAGUAAUAUUAGAUUAUUUUCAACAUCAACAAAUAAUACAAUAAAAGAAUCUGUAGAAAAAAAAGCAGAAACUAUUUCAAAUAAAGAUAAUAUAGCAUCACCAUCAUCAAAAUCUAUCGAUGUUUCAGAUUUGGCUGGUAAUGCCGAUUAUAAUUUUGUUUUUGAAAGAAUAAAAACCUGUGAUAAAGAGAAUUAUAUUAAUAGUUUAUUAAUUAGUGAUCCAAUUGCAAGAAGAGUAGCAUAUGCAAUUAGAGCAUUCAAUAUUGAAACUGUUGCAAAUGAUCAUUCACCAAAAUCUGAAAAAAUAUCAAGAUUAAGAUUAUCAUUUUGGAAAGACGCAAUUAACAAUAUCUAUAAUGGUAAAGUUUAUGAUCAACCAUUAACAAGAGUAUUAGCACAAGUUAUUAAAGAAAAGAAAUUAACAAAAACAUGGUUUAUAAAGAUAUUAAAUAGAAGAGAAAAAGAUAAUCAACAAGUUCAAAUUAAAGAUAUGGAAGAAUUGGAGCAAUAUGCAGAUGAUAUUCAUUCAUCAUUAAUGUUAUUGACAUUGGAAGGAUUAGGUGUAAAAGGUAAUCAUGAUGUUGAACAUUGUGCAUCUCAUUUAGGUAAAGCAAUUGGUAUAAUGGUAUUAAUUCGUGGUACAGUUUAUCAUCUUGCUUCAAGAAAAACUUAUAUACCAGUUUCAUUAACCACAAAGUAUGGUAUAAAUGUUGAAUCAUUAUAUCGUGGUGAUCCUCAAAUUGAAAAAUUACAAAAUGCAAUCUAUGAAAUGGCAAGUUGUGCAAAAUUACAUUUAGAUAAAGCUAAACAAUUUAGAGGUAAAAUACCACACCCUGCAACUGAAGCUUUCUUAUCAGUCUCUGUUGUUGAAGACUUUUUAGAACGUUUAAGAAAGGCUGAUUUCAAUAUUUUCGAAUUUCCAAAUACUCAACAACACCCACUUUUAUUAAUCAAACUUUAUAAAAAUAAAUUCUUUAAACAAUUUUAA